CACGGCAGUGAGCAGACAAACAAUAUCAUAGAUAAUGCACAGAUUAUCUGUGCACACAGAGCAAUAAUGAUACAAUCGAAUAAAACUAUCGAAUAAUUCAAUUGAUAUUUAAUAUUAAUCACAUUAACUUCUUCGGCAUAGAAAACCAAACUAUCUAGACAGAAGGACAUGAUAAUACUUGAGAGCCUUCCGUUGGUGAGGUCAACACAUUAGCUUAGUCGGAGUCCAACAGUGUGGCGAAGGUUGCUUCUCUACGUUCACCGGCGAAUUAUUAGGCAAAUAUGAAAGUUAUUGCAAGUGUGAACUGUGGGAUGUGUUCAGUUUGUAUAAUGCCAUAAACGUUGUGUCGAAACAAUAUCAGCUUAUCAGUAAACUAUAUUAAUCAGGAAUGGAUUCGGUGAUUUCGGAUGAAACUGUAUUGGAAUCGCCAUCACCUCAAGCAUAUACACCUAUUUCCUUGAGAAAUCACAAAUUAUUUAGUACAUCUUGUACAAAGCAGCAUUCCAAAGGGCUAUUAACCCCAUGCAGACAGGUUGGACUUAGAAGAAAAUCACCAAAAAAUGCCAUGUCACCAUCGAAUAGUAACAGUAUACCUUUAGUGACUCCUAGGAAUUUAAGGUUUGUUUCUCCAGGAGGAAACUGCAAAGGGCAGGGAAAGUUCAUGGGUAGUGUGUUAGACAAGCACAUUCCGUAUGAGGAAGAAACCAGUAAGUCUUUGGGAGAAAGACUAAAUUUGGAGAACAUUAAUGAAAAGACCAAGCAAUGUAAAUAUGAAGUGGAAGAAGAAUCCUUCCAUGAUAAACAUGAAGAAAGAACCACAGAGAAAAUCCAGACAGAAAACUUUAUUAACAAAGCUGACAUGAAUGUUCAUGUCUGUGAAGAGUCAGACCUCCAAAGCAAAUUAUAUGGUACAUAUAAUGUGAACAGUUCUGAGAGUAGUGAUGGAGAAAGGGCCAACAAAAAACCCAAGAUGGAAAAUGUUGAUGAUGAAGCUCAGCAGUAUAAUAUAGAUAGACCAUCAUAUAAAAAUUUGGACCUCCAAAGCAGUUCAAAUAAUGAACACAAUUCUGAGGACAAAAAUGGAGAAAUAACCAUUGAGAAAACCCUGAUGGAAAAUAAGAAUGAUGUAACUCAUAAUUUCAGUGUAGAUAUGUAUUCCUGUAAAUAUUUAGACUUACAAAGUAAUUCAAGAAACAAAGACAUGAACAGUUUUGAUAAUAUGAUAGAAUGUACUGAAGAUAAUUUAAACAUUUUGAAGCGGCAAAUUACAGUCAAGGAGGAAGAAGUCAAACGUUUGAAACUAACUUUGUUAUACAAAAAGAAGCAUGAUGUGAAUGAACUGGCAAUCGAAAUAGCCAGAUGGAAGGAAGGUUGCCAAGAAGCACUUCGAAGACUUCAUCAAGCUUCUACUUUACAAGGGUACCAACUUAAUAUGACUCAGCUGCUGGAAACAUUUGGUAUUCCACCUGAAGCAAUUGGUUACAAUGAGGAUACUGAUGAUUUUGAUGAAGGAUAAUGUUCUGUUGUUUACAUGAAUAAAAAAAAAGGAGAAAUAUUAGAAAACUAAACACAUAAAUAUACUAUAUAUGCACAUUAAAAUGUUCAUUAUAAGAAUGUGAAAUUAAAGGAUUGAGGAAAUCAAACUAUUAAGAGGAUGAAUUGGAGUUUCAGAACAAUCAGAAAUUGUUUCUUGCAAUAAUUUAUAUUUGUAGAAAAAAGAUUUGUACAUGCUGAAUAAACAUUGUUACUAUGCAAA